AUACAUUGUUAAAAGCACUUUCAGAAAGAAUGUGUGCAACUUGGAGCGUUACAAACACCAACGUAGUACUUCCGGGAGGUACCUAAACGCAACACAGAACAUUCCCUUGACAGACGGAAGCGGGAAAUUCAAGCCUGUCGCUGCGUGAUUCUUAUUUGGGAGAAAAAACGGGACUAAACCACAAUUAUUCCUCUUAACCGUACUUCACACUUUACCUUGUUAGUACACGUCGACAGAUUGCCAAUUCAACAAAAUGUCCAAAAAGAAAGGACUAAGUUUGGAGGAGAAGAGAAGCCGCAUGAUGGAGAUUUUCUUUGAAACUAAGGAUGUGUUUCAGCUGAAAGACAUUGAGAAGAUUGCCCCAAAGACAAAGGGAAUAGCUCCCAUGACGGUGAAGGAUGUGCUGCAGAGCCUGGUGGACGACAACAUGGUGGACUGCGAGCGAGUGGGCACGUCCAACUACUUCUGGGCUUUCCCCAGCAAAGCUCUGCACGCUCGCGAGCUCAGACUAGAGGAGCUGCAGAAGCAGGUCUCGGAAGCCCAGCAGCGUAAAAGCUCUCUCCAGAAUGCGGUUGGAAAAGCCAAAGAAGGACGUGAGGACACGAAUGAGAGGAGCGCCCUGCUCAAGGAGCUUCAGGCUCUGAAAGACGAGCAAAUUCAGCUGCACACCGAGUUGGACAAGUAUAAGGAAUGUGACCCGGAAGUUGUCGAGCAGAUGAGAAAAUCAAACGCUGUGGCUAAAGAAGCAGUUUCGAGGUGGACAGACAAUGUUUUCGCCAUAAAGUCGUGGACGAAGAAAAAGUUUGCGUUUGAUGACAGCCGCAUCAAUAAGGCCUUUGGGAUCCCAGAAGACUUUGACUACAUGGACUGACUUUCCACCUUUUGUUUUUGUUAAGUUUAUUUCCUGUAAAUAAUUUCUAUUCAGUUGGGUGCCAGAUGGAUUUCAUCAGCCGAUUAUUUGACUGCGCUGCAAUUGCAGACGAGAGACUAUUAGUGGUUGUGCGAUGAAAAAAAACAGACUUUGAGCGCACCUGUUUCUCCAUCAACCGUUUGAUCUAUUGUCUUAUUUAGAAGGUAAAACAAACUCUGGUAUGUUUGUUGUGCUCGUACAAUUUUUUGGGGAAAAAGUGUACACAGGUUUGUCAGAAACCUACAAAGCAAUCAAACAACCAGUCUGAGGAAUCGGUCUUGGUCGGGUUGUGAAUAAACUCUGUGCAAUUCGG